AUGGACUUCAUCCAUCAGGUCAAUUGAAUAAACGUCAACCCCACGACAAGAAUAGCAAACAUGCGUUUCUCGAUAGCUGCAGCUGCAGCAUGUGUGGCCUCUACACAUGCGUUCAAGGACACCUCUCCAUUUGUCCUAUUGUCCUCUUCUCCGUAAGCACAUCGCCCAUGGCAUCUGUGUUGCGUCAACUAACCACGAAAGCUCUAGACUACCAUCCUCCCUCCAAGUCGAGCGAACCCAACAGCUUCAGUCCUCCUCAUCGGUUCUCAGCUCUGCGAAAGAGAUUCUAGCGCAAUGUAAUGAUGAUAUUUACAUCUUUGUUGCACAACCAGGGAUUCGUUCCUCAGAGCUAUCAUCACAAACACCACACCUGAAGAAAGCACUGGCUGCACCAAGCGUUCAGGGACGAUACCCUGUUGCUGAAGUCGUUGGAUUAGAAACGGAAAAUGUAUCUGGACUGGCCAACUACGUACGGGAUGAAUGCAAGGCAACCUCGGUUGCGUCAGUCAAAGAGGGAUUGGCACAAAAGAAAGCUGGCACUCCCAUCUACGUCCAGAUUGAAUACACAUCCAGACCAGGACUCGAUUCUAACCGCAAUGAAGCACUGGCUGAUUUUGGUAUGUUUGCGACUAUUCAUUCCAUGAGAGGGCAUGAUAAACGGUUUGUAGCACUGCUAACAAGCGAUACAGAUGCCUAUUUAUUCAGCCAUGUAUUCAACGUUCUACCUAAGGGAACCAAGUUUACUGUGGUAGUCGGCACCAGUCCAUCAACUGUAGCAGCACACGAAGGUCUUAUUUACGAAGCGGAAUUCCAGGAGCCAGUCCACAUGGACUUGAAGAGAAACGUCUUGACAAGAGAAAGCAAGUCUGAGAAAGGACCUGACAGAAGACCCUUGUUCGAGAAAUAUCAAUACUUUACUCCAGGUUUGUUCUUUUCGUCUUCUUGUGUUUCCAGUUUGGAGAAUGAUCGCUAAUCAUUUCACAGGUCUUUUUAUGGGACUCUUAGUCACAGUUCUACUUCUUUCAAUUCUAGGUGUUGGCAUUAGCGCUAUUUCCAGUCUUGAAGUUUCAUAUGGAGCUUUUGACAAGGAGAUGGGACCUGCAGCACAGAAGAAGGCACAGUAGAUUUUAUAAUGGAUUCAGUUCAGUGGAAUGGAAUGGUAUAGGACUGGAGUUUGAAUGUAUGAUUGACUCACGACGAUGCGUGUAUUAAGUAAGAUAUUGUAUUCUUGGGUUUCCUUUCGGCCUGGUAUGUCAGGGUUGCAUGGGACU